AUGGCCUAUGCAGCACCUGCAGCUCCGCAAGCUGUCUCACCCACAGUUUGUUCGGUCGCUCCAGCUUCUGGACAGUCGGUUCAGUCUCAGGGGCAGAUGUCUCCACCAGUGCUGCUGCGGCCACGUUCGCUGUCCCCAACGCCAGCUGCGAGGCCACCUGCAGCUACCCCAUCCUGUCCCCAAACAUGCCAGCCGACACCCAGAACGCAAAGCUCGCAUCUGGGACGUUUUGCUGGUGCCUUCCCGACUGGUUAUGUGUCGACCACAUCACCUCGGAGAGAGCGUUCUCUGUCACCAGUGGGCUUGCCACCUGUUCCGGUGCUUUCUGGAAUCGGGGUGUCCAACUCAGUUGCGCUUCCCGUCGCUGAGACUAAGACAUCCAGAAAUUUCCUGCCACGGCCGCAGCACCCACAGCACUCGCAGCACCAAGUCCUCAAAAGUGCUUGUCACCUCGUACAGUCAUUGUUCGUCACGCAACGCCGCGUGCUUCAACAAACGCCUGCGCGCGGUUCCAACGUUUCCAAGGACCAUUCUGCAGCCACAUGCGGGGAAUGCGCCAGGCGGGCAAGGUGUUCGACGCGCCGCCUCCCACGGAGCUGUGAAAGCUCAUAG